UGUGUACAAGGACGUCAUGAUGGAGAAUCACCAGUCCCUCACAUCACCGGGUGAAGACGGGAUGAGUGACUCCCAUGGAUAUCUCCAUUCUUCACCCUAUCAUGAAGCAGAAGAUAACAAUACCACACAAGCUAAUUCAAAAACUCCUAAUUUACCCUCAGUCCUUCACAGCGGACAUCUAUCCACCAAUACCGCUGGUCACAAGAAAACUUCAUCUAGUCAAUCACUGGUUGUCAAAACAAGAACUAAACAGAAACGUGGAAAAAUAUUUCCAUGUGAGAAACGUAUGAAAAAUAAAUCUAAUCUUUCUUUGCAUGAGAGAAAUUGCAGAGAUAAAAAGCCAUUUUCAUGCUCAGAAUGUGGAAAAUCUUUUGCCAGGAAAUUUAUUCUAGUCGGACAUCAGAGAAUUCACACAGGGGAGAAGCCGUAUGCAUGUUCAGAAUGUGGGAAAUGUUUUAGUCAGAAAUCAUAUCUUGUGAACCAUCUAAGAAUCCAUCUAGGGGAGAGGCCAUUUUCAUGUACAGAAUGCGGCAAAAGUUUUAGUCAAAAAGCAAAUCUUGCGAGCCAUCUAAGAAUCCACCUAGGGGAGAAGCCAUUUUCAUGUACAGAAUGUGGGAAAUGUUUUAGUCGGAAAUCAUCUCUUCUUUAUCAUUGGAGCACUCACAAAAGAGAGAGUCCAUUUCCAUAUUCAGAAUUUGGAACAGAAUUUGCCCAUAACUUAGCUCUUCUUAGUCAUCGGAGAACUCUCAAAAAAGAGAAGCCAUAUUCAUGUUCAGAAUGUGGGAAAUGUUUUACUCAAAAAUCAGAUCUUGAUAGACAUCAGAGAACUCACACAGGGGAAAAACCAUUUUUAUGUCCUGAAUGUGACAAGUGUUUUAGUCGGAAAUCAUCUCUUGUGGAACAUCUAAGAAUUCACACAGGAGAGAAACCAUUUUCAUGCUCAGAAUGUGUCAAAAGUUUUUGUCAAAAAUCUGAUCUUGAUAGACAUCAGAGAACUCACACUGGAGAGAAACCAUUUUUAUGUCCUGAAUGUGGUAAAUGUUUCCGGCAGAAAUCAAAUCUUGGGGAACACCUAAAAAUUCACACAGGGGAGAAGUCAUUUUCCUGUCCUCAAUGUGGGAAGUGUUUUUGUCAGAAAACAAAUCUUGAGGAACAUCUAAGACUUCACACAGGAGAGAAACCAUUUUCAUGUUCAGAAUGUGGGAAAUGUUUUAACCGUCAAUCAAGUUUCAUUCGGCAUCAAAGAACUCACACAGGGGAGAAGCAGUUUUCAUGCUUAGAAUGUGGAACUAGUUUUACCCUUAAAUCAGCUCUGCUUUAUCAUCAGAGAACUCACAAACGAGAGAAGCCAUUUUCAUGCUCAGAAUGUGGGAAAUGUUUUAGUCAAAAAUCAGAUCUUGAUAGACAUCAGAGAACUCACACAAGGGAGAAACCAUUUUUAUGUCCUGAAUGUGGUAAAUGUUUCCGUCAGAUAUCAAAUCUUGAGGAACACCUAAAAAUUCACACAGGGGAGAAGCCAUUUUCCUGUUCUCAAUGUGGGAAGUGUUUUAGUCAGAAAUCAAGUCUUGAGGAACAUCUGAGACUUCACACAGGAGAGAAGCAGUUUUCAUGCUUAGAAUGUGGAACCAGUUUUACUCUUAAAUCAGCUCUGCUUUAUCAUGAGAGAACUCACAAACGAGAGAAGCCAUUUUCAUGCUCAGAAUGUGGGAGAUGUUUUAGUCAAAAGUCAGAUCUUGAUAGACAUAAAAAAACUCACACAGGAGAGAAGCCAUUUUUUUGUCCUGAAUGUAAGAAGUGUUUUAGUCGUAAAUCUUCUCUUGCGGAGCAUCUAAGAAUUCACACAGGGGAGAAGCCGUUUUCAUGCUCAGAAUGUGGGAAGUGUUUUAGCCUGAGAUCAGGUCUUGUUAGACAUGAAGGAUUGCACACAGGAGAGAAACCAUUUUUAUGUUCAGAUUUGUAG